UACACAAACAUCUAAAACCUCGUCAAAACCUCUGAAAGAAGUGGCAACACAAAAUACCAGCAAACCCAAACACUGAGAGAGUAGUCCACUGUGAAAUCUGUCUCCACAAACCAAAAUGCUGAGUGGAGCGUGUAGCCUCCGCGCGUGUUGCCUACGCCUUCCGUACUCGCCGGAGAGGCCCCUCCUCCGGGCUGCUUCAUUGCGGCUCAGGCGCUGCCGGCGCGUGUUAUCCACCGCCUGCUCCGCUUCUGGCGCGAAGAAGGAGAAGGUGAUUGUGAUAUCUGGGCCAACCGGAGCUGGGAAGAGCCGGCUCGCUAUAGAGCUCGCCAAGCGGCUCAAUGGAGAAAUCAUCAGUGCCGAUUCUGUCCAGGUGUAUCGAGGUCUUGAUGUUGGAUCUGCGAAGCCUUCUCCGAGUGAUAGAAAGGAGAUACCACAUCAUCUUGUUGACAUAUUGGAUCCAUAUGAAGAGUAUUCUGUUGGGAAAUUCUUUGAGGAUGCAAGGCAGGCUACAAGAUGUAUUCUUGACAGUGGCCGCGUUCCCAUAGUUGCUGGUGGUACUGGAUUGUACUUGCGGUGGUUCAUGUAUGGAAAGCCAGACGUUCCAAAAGCUUCUCGUGACAUUGCCUCUGAAGUAUAUUCAGAAUUAGCGGAUUUACAGAGAAAUGAAGACUGGGAUGCAGCUGUGCAGUUGGUGAUCAAAGCAGGUGACCCAAAGGCCCAAUUUAUAGCUGUCAAUGAUUGGUAUCGGUUAAGACGUAGCCUUGAGAUUAUAAAGUCUAGUGGAUCACCUCCAUCUGCUUUUGGGGUACCAUAUGAUUCUUUCAGGGAACAAUGCAGUAGUGUAAUAGACAGCUCUCAUGAUGUCAACUCUUCUGCUGAUGCACUUGAAGAAAAUGAAUCAAAGGAUUUAGAUUAUGACUUUACUUGUUUUUUUCUCUCUACCCAAAGAGUUGAUCUCUACAAAUCAAUUGACUAUCGGUGUGAAGAUAUGCUUUCAGCAAGCGACGGGAUUCUGUCUGAGGCCAGAUGGCUUCUUGAUACAGGUCUUCUACCUAAUUCAAAUUCUGCAACCCGAGCAAUCGGUUACAGACAAGCAAUGGAGUACUUAUCACAGUGUAGGGAGCAAGGAGGUAGCAGUUCUCCUGGAGAAUUUUUCGCUUUUUUAUCUGAAUUUCAGAAAGCAUCUAGAAAUUUUGCAAAAAGGCAAUUGACAUGGUUUCGUAAUGAGCAUAUAUAUCACUGGCUUGAUGCUUCUAAGCCUCUGGAACUGGUGCUGAACUUCAUUUAUGACGCAUACCAUGACGAAAGCAGAGUUUUGGUGGUGCCCGAAGCACUAAGAAUGAAGAAAGAUAUUUCGAACCGCCGAGAAACUUCCGAACUUAAGGCCUACCGCACAAGAAAUAGGCAUUUUGUCAGUCGUCAAGAUUGUUCUGAUAUUUUAGACUGGAUAAAGAGAACCCAAGGGUGAAGCAAUGAGAACUAAGCUCAUUUUGACUGUAAUCGGAAUGAGGCAAAUUUUAACCUUGGUAAGUGACUCGUGGACUCCAGCUAAUCGCCACGUGAGCAUCAUCUUCUUUAUUGAAGCAAAAUUGAGUGUAUUUUUUUUUGUGGGGGGGGAAUGGAGGAUUCAGUGCAUGUCUUGGUAACUGCAGGUGUUUGGACUUCUGGGUGACACUUUCCCCGGAAGACUGAUGGUUAAAGUACUUUAUUCCAAGUAAUAUCUAUCAUAUUCAAUUGCACUAUCUCUGCGGAUUUAUACAGAAUAUUCUUUUUUAUUAUUAGGAUCUAUACAGAAUAUUCGUUAUAUGAUUCAUCAAUCUCUAAGAGAUGUCAUGCAUAUUAUUAAUCACCAGAAUACAUAUUUAUACGAGCAUAGACCUGCAUAACAAA